GCCCCCUGCAGGUCUGACAGCGUCCGGAAGUGAACUGUAACAUGGCCUGGAAGUUCUUUCAUUUUAGCUGAAGAACGAAAAUGGGCAUGUUAAUUUACUCCCUGUGUCUACAAGGACCAAAAUAAUCAAACGAAACCUUAUUUUCUGGCCUUGAAGAAGAAGUGCCGCACACCAAGAGGCUGGAAACGCGCCUGGCGAAGUUUGACUGUGCGAAAAUAAUCGGAAAUAUCAAAAGGAGGCAAGGCCUAGGUAAUCUGUUGGAGUAGUGGAAUACUCCAGAGGUUGCAGGGAUUUUAGCAUCCCUUGUUUCCAUCUGGCUCUGAGAUGACAUCACAGCAGCCUUCCCUUCCCAAUGCCAACGUCAGUCCUCCCCAAGUUGCCCAGAACUCCUCUGCUCAGCAGCAGGCCCGGUCUCACAUUCACGCCAACCAGCUGGACUCUAAUCAGAGCAGUGCCGCAGCUCAGCCCCUCCACCACAGAGGAGACGGGCCAGGAUCAUCAGGCGUGGCGGUGUCCAGCGGAGACGUGGCCAACAGGAAUUCCACUGCCUCUUGCUCGGCCUCAAGCUCGUCCAGGAGAACUUCGCCUGGAGGCUUCGAGCCAUGGCCGGAGGAGGCAGUUGACAACUCCCAUGGGCUGUACUCUCUCCAUCGCAUGUUCGACAUUGUCGGAGCCCAGCUAACGCACCGGGACGUCCGGGUGCUGUCUUUCCUGUUUGUGGAUGUAAUCGAUGAGUACGAGCGUGGCGGCAUCAGGAGUGGCAGAGACUUCCUGUUGGCCCUUGAGCGCCAGGGUCGCUGUGAUGAGACCAACUUCAGACAUGUGCUGCAGCUGCUGAGAAUCAUCACUCGCCACGACCUGCUGCCAUACGUUACACUCAAGAAACGACAAGCUGUGUGCCCAGACCCCAUUGACAAGUACCUGGAAGAGACGUCCGUGCGCUACGUUUCCCCACGAGGAACAGCCCAGAGCAGGGACGCCGCACCUCAAAGAAGGACAGGCCCUCAGCCAGUGAUAUGCUGUUCCCCAUCGGGACCCCAAGUCGGCCCUCCUCGAACAAAGCCCGCUGCUCCCGUAUCAAGCCGGAAAAGGAAGAGGAGUCAUUCUUCAGCAGACUGUAGAGAGAAGCAAACCUGCGAUAUCCGCCUGCGAGUUCGUGCUGAAUACUGCCAGCAUGAAUCGGCGCUCCAGGGCAACGUCUUCUCAAAUAAACAGGAGGCAGUGGAGCGUCAGUUUGAGCGCUUCAACCAGGCCAACACAAUUCUCAAAUCCCGAGACUUGGGCUCCAUCAUCUGCGACAUCAAAUUCUCUGAGCUCACCUACCUGGAUGCCUUCUGGAGGGACUACAUCAAUGGCUCAUUGCUAGAAGCCCUUAAGGGGGUCUUCAUCACGGACUCUCUGAAACAGGCUGUGGGCCAUGAGGCUAUCAAACUGCUGGUCAAUGUGGACGAGGAGGACUACCAGGCCGGACGACGCAAGCUGCUCCGCAAUCUGGUCGCAAGUGGAGGGACCUCACCUGGAGGUGGCAAAGAGACCGUUUCUUAGACACUCAUUCCAGAUUGGUAGCAUAGGGGAGGAACUCUGCUGUCCCUGCCCCUCCAGGAGUAGAAGUGAGACGUGGUUUUGGCUUGUGAUGUGCCUGAAGGAUAAUCCUGCAAUGGGAACUAAGAGUAAGUCCAGGCACCUACUGAUUCCUUGAGAACUGAGGUCAGAGGACAUCUCCUUGCCCCCUCCCCCCCAGAAGAGAGAAGGGAAUGGGAAUUAUGUCAGCAAGAGGAGGCAGGUGAUGCAUACAGGUUAACAUUAUUUUGAAUGUUGAGCUUUUUAUUUCCUGCAAGGGUGACGAUGCUGAUGUUAAAACUUGUGCAUUCGGUAAAACAAUGUAAUUGUUCUUUGGUAUGACACAGCGUAUAGACACAUGUUCGUUGACUCCACCCCAAGUUCAGCUUGAACCUUGUGUCACAAAAAAGAGAUCUAUUUGGUUUUCCCUCACUGUUAAGGAAUGGAGUUAUUUGGAAUUGAGCAAACAUACGUAUAAGUGGACAAGUCGGUGCCAGAAGUAGUGGUACGUUCUUGUCAAACGGAUGCAUCUUUUGUGGAUAAUUUUCAGUGCAUUAAGAACUCUGAGCAUUGAUUGGACUAACCCAAUUUGAAAUUUUACUGUAUGUUGUAGAACGGCACAGGCCAUAGUUCACUCACAAUUUGUUUUUUCUGUUCCUGCCAAGUAAAUUCAUUGCCCAGGAAUUUCCAAGAGUUUUCCUUGUGUGUCUAGAAUCCGUUACCCUUUCACAGCUUUUUAUGAUUAGCUCAUAUUUGGUUAUUCAAGGAUUUAUUGAAACUCUGUGUUUUUGGUUAUUGCCCCACAAAUGUGCUCACAAGUGGCACGUCAACAGUUGUGAUUCUGUCAUGAUUUGAAAUUUCAAAUGUGUAGUCACUGUUGAUAUUUAAUGCUUUUUUAAAAAUCAUUUUUAUGUGUUGGGUUCUCAGAAACAUUAUGAACUGUCAUUCACUGAUGUCUUGGUAUUGAAAAUCUGUUGCAGCUGCAUUUUGAAUCCAUGCUCCCUGGACCUCCCAUAAGUGAUUUAACAUCGUUUAGCAAAUUGGAAAUAAUACGUAAUCACUUGUUCAUUAUAUUAACAACACAUGAAAAUCACAGCCAGGAAAUUUGUAAAGAUUUUGUUUUGAAAUUGAACAGAAAUGUAUGAAUGGCAUCUUCUGGACCAACUCAUAUCAUAAUCUUCAACCAUGGCUUUUAGCUUUCAGUUGAUUUAGAGCUUCAUGAGGCAGAUUAACCCUUUUUUUUUUUUUUUUUUUUUUUUUUUUAAAUUACCAGAUUAGCCUCAAAUGCUGAUUAACCAAAACGUUGAAUGCCUAUUUCUUUUUGAUAUUCGCAUAUUGAGGUGGACUGAUAGGCAGCAUUAGGUUUUGCAGAUGAUCAUGACGAGAAUGUGUUGACAAUAUUGCUGAUAAUCACUUCAUUAUUUUACAGAGGAGAUAUGCACAUUAUAGCAGGGAAUGUGUAGCUUAUGCUGUUUUGUGGAAUUAUGUCGGCACCCCCUUUGCCAUGUAGUUCUCUUAACAUCAUAGGAAUUAUGGGAGAUCAGUAUGCAUUCAUAUUUUUACUCUGCUGUUAUGUUUUGAUGUUUGUUUUAAAAAGGAACAGACAUCUUACUGUCAGUAUUGGUGCACCGAUACUAGCAUUCAGUAUUGACUCAGUUCCAAGUGGAAGUACCUUCUGUCUGGAAUUGUUUGUCAGUGCUAUCAAGGAAGUAUAAGCAUAAUGCUGUGUGGUGAUGCUGAAGUUAUUUUCAUUCAUAAAUAACAAAACAAAAGUCGUUGGAAGAAUUAAUAUCUUUUCAGUAACAACCUUGGAAAUGCCAGUUGACAAACAUUUGGCUCAAUUCUAAAUCUUUUGUUUCAUAAAGUAGCAUUGCCAAAUUGAAUACCAUCAAAAUAAAGUCUAAAUCAGCACUUACACUCAGUAUUGGCAGACAUUGGUCAACAGAAUAUGGUAUCGAUGUACCUCCUUACUUCCUCCCUUUCAAUAAUUCAGUUUUCACUAGCUGCAGGUUGUUAAAUACCCAUCUGUCCUUAUGGUUUUUGCCAAAUUUUUGCAAUCAGAUUUUGCCUAUGAGUAAAAAAAGAAAACUGUUGUCUAGCUUUUCAUCAAUUAGGUAAACUGUGGGUUUGAAAUUUAGCAUUUUCGCUUGAUGUAUCUUAUAAAAAUUUUAGUAUGUUUUUACUAAAUAUACUCUUCCUGCUAAAGAACCCCUAUAUCCUUAUCUCUGGUGUCAUGCAAUCCAUGGGUACAUGCCAGAACAAGACAAGACAAGUCAUGAUUGAAAGGCCACUGUUACUGUGAAUUAUAAAGAGUAGGCCUAGAUUUAUACUUUUCCCUAGUGGAAUUUUAUAUGAAGGUUGCAAGCUAGUAUCUAUUAUAUAGGUUGUUGUACGUUAUGUUGAUUGUAUGUUAUGUUGGUCGUUUUACGCAACUGUCUUUCUACUAAAUUGCAUGUAACCUGUUAUGAUCCCAAAAAUGUAAGAGAAACUCAUAUCUGUAACAUUUUGUAGAUAAGUUCAUCUGUUGGCAAAUUUUCUUAUCUUUUCAGAUCUGCAGUUCUUGCAGAGAACAGACAUUUAGGACUGUUAAUAAAUUAAGUGGAUGGGUUUUUGUUGAAGUCCCAAUCCUAAUUCUUUUUUUACGUCACAUGAGUAUAUAUAUAUCCAUAUUAAAAAAAAAAAAAGAAAAAGAAAAAAAACAGAAUCGGGAGGUUGGCGGAAAA